GGAGCGCGGGGGCCGCCGCGCAGCAGGAGCGGCGGGGCCUGGCGGGCGCGUUCCCGCUGGUGCUGAAGAAGCUGAUGGAGAACCCGCCGCGGGAGGCGCGCCUGGUGAUACACUCAAAAUGUUAAAAAAAUAUUCAUUUGCUUAAUCCAGUGGUGCAAUUUCAGCGAACUUCCUGAGAAAAGACCCUGCGCUUUUGUCUGGAAUGCCUAUUGAAAAAAACAUAAUUUUCUGCCUUACUCUAAGAAAUUAUAUCAGCUAGCUGCAAUGUCUGUCCAUUUAUAGUCUCUGCAAGCUACCUGUGGGUUUUCCAAUUGCUGUGGGUAAUCUGACUGCCCAGUCAAAGCAAGCAGCUUUCUAAUCCUCCUGAGCAACAGAGGAGAGGGGUCAGCCAGUUCCAGCAGAAUACCAUCCCCUUGAAUGCCCUGCCAUGUACCAGAUAAAGAGAAGGAGAAAAUAAAGCUUGAAGAAGAUGAGGCAGCAGCUGCCAGCACUAUGGCAGUUUCGGCUUCCCUCAUGCCACCCAUUUGGGACAAAACUAUUCCUUAUGAUGGCGAGUCUUUCCACCUGGAGUACAUGGAUCUGGAUGAGUUCCUGCUGGAGAAUGGAAUUCCAUCCAGCCCUACUCACCUGGAUUUGAACCAGAAUCCACUCUUACCUGUGGCUGAGCUGGAAGGGAAGGAAUCUGCUGGUGCUUCCACUGGUUCUCCUGCAUCAUCCUCUUCCACUGCAGUUUACCAGCAAUCUGAAGCAGCCUCCAGCACAGAGUCCCCACCACAAAAUGAGAGAAAUACACCCAGCCCCAUUGAUCCUGACUGCGUAGAAGUUGAGGUGAAUUUUAACCCAGACCCUGCUGAUUUAGUGCUGUCCAGUGUGCCUGGUGGUGAGCUCUUCAAUCCUCGCAAACACAAGUUUACUGAAGAGGACCUGAAACCACAACCUAUGAUUAAAAAGGCCAAGAAGGUUUUUGUCCCAGAUGAGCAAAAGGAUGAAAAAUACUGGACAAGGCGAAAGAAGAACAAUGUGGCAGCGAAGCGUUCCCGUGAUGCUCGGCGAUUAAAGGAGAAUCAGAUCACAAUUCGGGCAGCCUUUCUUGAGAAAGAAAAUACAGCCCUGAGGACGGAGGUGGCAGAGCUGCGCAAGGAAGUGGGACGAUGCAAGAACAUUGUUUCUAAAUACGAGACCAGAUACGGACCCUUUGACUUAUCUGAUUCCGAGUGAUGCAACUUUAAAGACUUUUAAAAACAAAGAAACUAAAAAGCACACAUGAAUCGCCAGUCUUCAGAGUGAGCAGUGAAAUCUAUGAGGUGUCCCAACACAAACAACUGAUGAUGACCCUGCCUGCCUCCUUGCCUGCAAGUACCCCAUCUGACUACCCAGGGCUGGGCAUGAUGAAAAGUGCAAAGUCUCCUUAAUUCUGUAUAUGGCUUUCUUAUCUGUCUUUCUCACUGUAACUAUGAACUACAAUAAGCUUACCUACUGGGGUUUUGUCAAGACACUCAAAGUUCAUGUCUCAAAGUCUGUUGACAGCCUGUGUGAAUAGUUUUGGCACUCGAGUGGAAGAAGAGGGAGUUUUAAAUGAAAAUGUCUGUAUAUAUAAAGAACUGCUAUAUUUUAAGACUCUUUUCCCUGCAGUAUAAUGAAUUUUAUUUAAUACUGCGGCUCACUUCUGGUGCAGUGUAGCGUAUUGUGGAGUACUGUGAGUGCAGAACUAAAGACACCAGGAAGACAGCAGCCUGUAAUGUGUGAGACUUCAGUGCAGAAGAUUACAACAAAUGUACUGAAAUAAUACAGAAAGCACCACAGUGUGCCAUACAGAGAGUAAUACACCUCUAUCAAAUGACCCACGUAACAGUAAACUACGUCCGUCGCUUUCCUGCUCCACAGCUACACUGCUGUAACCUGCCUUUUCCUUUAUUUCGUUUAUAAGGCUCACUUUCUUUUAUGGUAUCUUGCUGAAACAGGUUCUAUUCUUCUGCUAACGAUUUAGCAAUCAUGGAAAAGGUGCUAUUCUGAGUUGCUGAUCUCCAAGUCUUUUGGCAAUCUGAAACUACCAAAUGAGUAUUAGCUCCAGGAAAACAAUGGCUAUUAGCUGCCAUAUUACAAUUUUCUGUCUCUUGACUGCAGGACAACUGUGGUGGUGAAGGUGAAACAGGCAAUGAUAUCCCACAGUUACAAUGGGCAGCUUAAGUGUAAGGACCCUUGUGCUGGUGUGGGAGGGUACUGAAAGCUUGAAUGGAUUUUGGAGAUGUUUCUUGUGUUUAGAAGAUGCAGGAAGUAGGUGGAAGUUCCGUUGUAAGAGUUUCAUCAGCAUAACAAAGAUCUGCUUUUAUAUUAAGAAAGCUUGAGAGCUAAAUCUGUGUGGAAAGAACAAGAGUACUUACUUUCUAGGAAAGGAGUACAGGGCCAUGCUUGUAGCCAAAAUGGAGCUUGUAAGACAGGAGUGUGUUCAUGCCUGGAGAUUGAUGAAUAGCAUACAACUCAAGAAAAAUAAUCUUGAAAGCUUUCUGAAGCACAAGUGCCAAAAUUAUGAGGCAUGACUAGUUACCAGCAUAGCUCAGUGCUAUCAUAUUGAACAAUUAUUUUGACUUUGUGUUUAUUCAAGAAAUUCCACCUCUAAUUUCAGAGCAGAAACUGAAAGAGAAAAAUGUGAGAAGCAGCAGAUGAUAUUGUAAGAUUAAUUUAAAAAAAUAAAUUCAAAAGCCAAGAUAACUAGUGUUUGCCAGCAUAACCUUUGUACAGAGCUUAUAUAUUAAAUGUAGUUUUUGACCUAUCAUUUUUAAUGGAUGAUGUACUGAAGUCAAGAAAGUUUUUAACUUUUUGCUGGUUACCAAAGUAUACCUAUGACUGUAUUAUUAUAAUUUGGGAUUAUAAAGAUCUGAGAUAACCUUGGGAUAUUUUUAUCAAAUAGAUGAAUAUCUUAGUUCCAUGUUGCUGAAAUGGCAGCAUAUAUCUCUGCCUGUAAUCAGUAUUGCUGAUUUGGACUGAUAUUUUCGGUAUGUACUGAUUUUUGCUUUAUUUUGGUGAUAAAGGCCCAAACCAUGGAUAAAAAAAAAAAAAACAAAACCAGCAACAAAAUAAGCAACCAUGACAGCAUGUAAAUGUAGCAACUUUUUUUUCAUUUUCAUCAAAUUUAUAAUUUCUAAAUUUUCAGUUAGCUCUGGCUGUUCUUAAAUGUCAUGCUUCCUGUUUAAAUCAAAGCCAAAAGCUAAAUAAUUGGGCAAGGAGUUGCUUUAUUUGGAUCCUACUAUGCUUAGGAAUAUCUUUUAAAUACUUACAUAUUGUGUACAGGAUUUGGUUUUGCAGUAUGUCAUGACAACAGCAAAAUAUUCAGUCAGUGAGAUUAGCAUGUGCAAUUCUGUUGUUUUAUUUCUGUUAUCUUAAAAGCUUACACAAUGGAAACUAACAGUGAAUGUUCAUUAGAUCUUUUUUUCAGAGAAGACUGUUAGCAAACAUUUGUGCUUCCCUGUAGGACAAUGCAGAUUUGCACAAUCUGUGAUUUAUAUGUCUACGGGUUGCAAAACUGGAAAAUCGCACUUUAGGGUGAGUGCGGCUCAACUUUUGUAGCUGGAGAAUUUGUUGUUGUUAUUGUUGUUAAGAAGCAGUAUCUUUAAAGAUAGAUGAGAAGGUAGUAACUAUUUAAAGGAGUGCAGCUAUUGCCAGCA